AUGGCAGCUAACAUGGCAGCCGAACUAACGCAGCACCUCAACGCCAAACACCUCUACCCAACAGCCGCAUGGCUGCAAAGCUUCUUGUCAACCACCCGCCCGAACACGCCAUUGCCCGCCGUCAAGCAGACAGUUGUCUUCCGCCUGCUAGCCACCGACAUCACGACUACUCUGAACCAGCCAUCAGCGUCCGUCUUCCCUCAUGACAUACUGAAAGGCACGACGCAGUCCCGCCUCAUUACCGGCCCAGUCCUCUGCCAGGUGCUCGACAUCGAAGAUAUUGGACACUCCCGCUGGUCACAAGUCGAGUCCAUUGAGGCGAAAGAGCGCGGAGAAAUGACAAAGGGACGGGAGAUUGUACGCGUGGUGGAGCAGGAGAACGAGGGCACGGCCGACGCUGCUGCACCCAUUCAGAGCAAAGGACCCUUCAAGUUGCUGCUGCAAGAUGCAAAGGGUCUCAAGAUCUUCGCGUUCGACUUGAGAGGCACCGAAGGGCUAAACACGAGCAUGACCCUGGGUGUGAAGCUUAUCCUAAGGAAUGUCAAUGUGCGAAGAGCUGUGAUUAUGCUCGAGCCCGGCAAUGUGCAGGUUGUGGGUGGGAAGUUGGAAGCGCUUGACAAGGCCUGGAAGGAAGGGCGGAAGAGCAGGCUGAUGAACGCUGCGAAGGCAGGCGGAGAGACUGCGGGGUGA